CAGACAUUGAAAUCAUAAGAGUGGACACUAACUACAUUUUGCAAAGUCAUUGAACCUUGAGCUCACUUGUAGUCAAAGGAAAGUCAUGCAAGAUGAAGAUGGAUACAUGACCUUAAAUAUUGAAACUCGAAAACCGACUCUCACCUCAGUUGACCCUGCUUCCUCAUCUUUGUGGCGUGUGAUGGCUUUGAUUCUGCUGGUCUUGUGCGCGGGGAUGGUUGUUGGGCUGGUGGCUCUGGGGAUCAUGUCUGUCACACAGCAAAACUACCUACAAGCUGAAAAUGAAAAUCUCUCAAGAACUCUGCAACAAUUAGCAAAGAAGUUUUGCCAAAAUUUAAUAAGACAAUUGGGAAAAAAGGACAAUUUAAGCCAUAAAUGCAGCCCGUGUGACACAAACUGGAGAUAUUACGGAGAUAAUUGCUAUGGAUUCUUCAGGCACAACUUGACAUGGGAAGACAGUAAGUGGUACUGUAUUGAUCAGAAUGCUACUCUUGUGAAGAUCGCCAACCAGAGCGUUUUGGAAUAUAUCAAAAGCAGGACAUCAUUAAUCCGUUGGGUUGGAUUGUCCCGACUGAACUCUAACAACAUGUGGUUGUGGGAAGAUGGUUCAGUUCCUUCCGAAAAUGUGUUUGAGCAUUCUGGAAAUGAAGGAGAAAAUAUGGAUUGUGCUUAUUUUCAUAGUGGGAAAAUUCACCCUACCUUCUGUAAAAACAAAUAUUAUUUAAUGUGUGAGAGGAAGGCUGGGUUGGCGAAGGUGGAUGAACUACUUUAAUGCAAAGAGAUAGGCAGGAUAUCACACACAUGUGCUUGAUUAUACAAUAAAAGACCUGGACGCAGAAAUGACUAGCCAUAAAAUUGAUUAUUUCUCCCUUUAUUCCCCUUGAAGUCAUCCUUACAUUAUCUUUCCGACCAACACUACUUAGUCCCAUCUUUAUAUAUCCCUUUAUACUAACGGAUAACUUAGUCUCUUCUUUACACAUCCAGAAGCUAGUCUGCGAGUUGAUCAUUUGUUUCCCAAUUGUUCUAUUUCCAUCAAUUUUCUUCUUGUCUUUUUUUUCUAGUUGAAAUUUUAUUUCACUUACAUAUUUAUUUUAGAUGAACUGACGUUUUUAUGAUAAGAAGUUAUCCUUUUCUAACUAACUCACUACGUUCUUUCUUUUCUUUGUUAUUUUUUCAAUUGAAGUCACAUUGGCUUAUAACAUUGUCUCAAUUUCAGGUGUGCAUUAUUAUAUUUCAGUUUCUGUAUAGUUGCAUCAUGUUCACCACCCACAGUCUAGUUUUCAUCCGUCACCAUACAUGUGUGUCCCUUUAUUACUUUCGGCCUCUCCCACACUCUCUUCCUGUCUUUUAUUCCUAAUUAUCUCAACAUAGUAUGACUCACUGCAUGUUCAGAAGAAACAUAUAAAUUUAAAAUUGGAGCAAGAAAAGGUAGGGCUUAAUGGACUUAAGCUGGGGAUAAUAUCUAAGUUUGAAAACUAUGCAAAAUAUCUAAGUUUGAAAGACAGCAUAAGGUAGUGGAAAGAAUACUAAACUUGGAGUCAGUAGAAUAAUUUGUAUGCUAUGAUCACUUAUCUAAAGUACACCAUGGACCAGUCAUGUAGCCUCUUUAGCUACCAUUCUCUCCUAUUUCACAUAGGGUAACACUUACGUCUUUCACAGUUCUACAACUGAAAACAAAACUUCAGAGUAUUAACUAGACCAAAGUCCAUUAAGGCAGACACCACGACUUUCCUAUUGGCUGUUAAAUGCCCAGCACCAAGCACAGUUCCCGACUCAGAGCAAACAGAAAAAUAUUGGUUUCUCAUUGUGUGAGAUAAUUCAUUGAAAAGCUCUGCAAUCAGUAAAAUACUAUACAAAUGUAACUUCUAUUCCAAAUCUACCUCUGGUCAAACUCAACAGCAGUAAUUUUCUGUGCAAAAGAAGAAAAAUAAAGUUUCUAACAAACCUGAUGGAAUUGAAAAUGAGUAAAUGCUUCUUAACAAGGCCCAUAGGCUAGCAGAGGGAACAGCAAGUAAAAAUGCUUUAUCUAGUUCUUUUCCUGACAGUUCUGUGCUUGGUUUUUGCUGAGCAACUCAGGAAGCAUUUAUAGAACAUGUGGAGAGGCACCCUUUAGCAGGAUAACAGGAAAAAUUGCAUUUCUUUCCCACAGCUUCCCCGAAGGUGCUCUUUUUUCUUAAAUUAGUGGUAAUAAAGUGUAUGAAUGAUUCUCAAACAUCUCAGCUGAGGUGUUGUUAAAACAUGCAGAUGUUCAAAUACAAAUACUUAUGGUAUUCAGUUGGAAGGCUGAGGAGACACAAAAACCUUUUAGCAAGCACCCCCUCUUGAUUCUGAUAUGAACA